AUGUCUUCGUCUAGUGCCUCUGAUUCUGAAGACGAGGCUGCCUUUGGGCGCUUGGUAAACAUCACCGCUGCUGACCUCGUCGCCCUCGGCUCACGGAUACGCGAGCUCGUUUCAGAGGCUAAGACCUCCAAUGGCUGCCUCGUGGAGACUUUCAGUGGUUCCUUCAAUCUCGUGCACAUCCUUCAGCUUGACAAAGCUAAGAUGGUCAUUCGCAACCCAAUCAGCGGCCAGUUCGGCGACUUGUCUGGGCCAUCCAAAGAAGCGCUUGAAUCAGAGGUCCAGACUAUAAACUAUAUCCAGGAGCACACCAGUAUCCCGGUCCCCGAGGUCUUCCACUUCGACACGACGGCAAACAACGAGAUUGGCGCACCUUGUAUUGCCGUGAGCUACAUCAGCGGACGCACUGUCUCACGCCUCUGGUUCGACGCCGCUCGAAGAGAGACGGCGAAAUAUCUUGAAGCAGCUCGCGCAAGCCAUGUCGCAGCUCAACAGACUGCACUUCGACAAAGUCGGUUCGUUGAUCGCAAGCUCCCAAGGCGGCGGUCACGACCUCGGCCCUUGCUAUUAAUGGAACUAGGCGGAGGAUGGAACGCUCAGUGUUGCUCCCUCGGGUCCGUUCUUAACAACAAUACCUUCCUGAAGAGAUUCUGGGCCCCAACCAAUGACAAAAGCCCGUAUGCCGUUGGUGCCACGAAGCUCUUGGAGGAAAUGCUGCCACUCUUGCCCCAUUCUUCUGAGUACGUCCUGGCUCUGCCCGACUUUGACCCUCAAAACGUUAUGGCAGAUGGCGAAGGCAACAUCACCGGCUUGAUCGAUUGGAACAACGUCCAAACCGUGCCUGGAUUCAUAGGAUGCCUACGGUAUCCCGGCUGGAUCACUCGCGACUGGGACCCACUCAUGUACGGUUGGCCCGAAAGUAGCGAGAACUCACCGGAGGAGUUGCAGAAGUACAGGGCGUACUGCCUCUACGAAAUGAAGCAGGCCCUCAAGCCACAAGACAGGGAUGAAUGCAGACUCACUGAGAAGUCUCACAUCUUUGAGGCCUUUUGGAUCGCUGUGUCGAAUGUGGGAAAUAGGACAAGCAUUUGUCAAAAACUUGUCGAGGAGGCCAAGCGCAGACUCGACAAAAAGGCGACGCCAGAUGGUUUGGACCAAUAUGCCCUCAAUAUACUUUAUGGCAUUUCAGCUGGAAAGCUGGAGGAUGAAGAUUCGAAGGGCUUGAGAAAAGGACUACAAGCACUGAUGACACUUUGA